UAUUUCCGACGAGGCACAAACGCGCUAAAUCCAGGGUCCAAAAACAUCGUCAUCGCAUGUGAACACUUUCUAAAGCACACAAAUAUUGCUGCCUAUGCGCAACGCUGGCCAACGUCCGACCCCAAAAGUGACAAAACCUUUUUGCUGUAAGACCAGCUCAUACACAGCUCCUGCAUCUCUACUUGCAUCAUGGCGGCGACACGCAUCCGCAAAACGUUCCAGUACCCAGACUCUUCAGAAGACGAAGACACCGUAGAAGCGGGCAUGGACGCCCAAGAUCAAGAAACCCUCCUCACCACGCUGCAGACCCACGACACGUCCUCAACCCGCCUAUACACGCUCCUCCUCCUCGUCUUCCCCUCGUCCAUCGCACUGCUCACUCUGCCGGGGCUGUUAAGCUUCUCGACAUUCGCGCCGAGUCUCCUCGCACUGGCAAGUCUCGCUGCGAGUGCAUACACGCUUUACUUUCUGCCGCUGCCGCCGCGCAGCGCCGGUAUAAUCGUCGACGGCCAAACGGCUUCGGGGAGGGGCAAGGGCAAGGGGAGGAGCGUGGGCGGAUAUGGACUCAACACUAGUACUUCUGCGCGGCAGACGGGGCGGAGGGAAGUUCCAGGGUUGUCAGACGAGGUCCAGGAACUGCUAGCGCAAUACUGUGUCCCGGCUAAUGGCGUGCUUUGUGCACUCUCAGUGGUAUUGGAGUUGGUACAAGGCAGGGAGUGGCGAGAAGGGAUGAUGAUUGGAGGAGGGUAUUUGCCUGGGCUGGUGUUGACAGUCGUGCUAUGGGCAAGGAGGGAGUUGAGGGUUCUAGAUCUGAGCGAACUGCAACAGCUUCGAUCCUGAUUACUACAGCAAAUCACCAGAUUCUGGGCAGUCUUGAUUUGCUCUAAUAUGGCAUAAUCUCAAAGUGAAUGGUAUAAUGCGUAAGAAAGAUGGCCGC